GUUAUAGUAAACAUCUGCAAGUUACACAGCUUAUAUUAGUUUGAAUUUGAAAAUCUAUACAACAUCAUUAAAGAAUAAUUAUUUGUAAUUAAAUUAAUUUUAUUUAAAUUUGUAUUUAAUUAAUAAAACAAAUAAUGCAAAUAAAAGAUAAAAAAGCCAUUAUUGUUGGAGCUAUUGGCCGUUUUGGAAUUCAUUUUUGUCGAGAGUUACUUCGAAAUGGUGCUGCAACUGUUGUAAUAAUAGGAAAUGGAGAUAAUCAAGAAAAUACUCUUAAUCAAUUGAAUGAAGAAUUUGGUCAAAAAAAGGUUACAUUUGUUUUAUGUGAUUUAUCAAACAGUUCAGAUUUUGAUGCAAUUUUUAAAGAAACUGUCAGGUGUUUAGGAGGGCUUGAUAUUUUGAUUAAUAAUGCAGAUUUAAUUGACGAGACUGAUAUAACGAAAUCUAUUGAUGUAAAUGUCACAGCUGUCAUUCGAAGUACUUUAUUGGGUGUUCAACAAAUGGAGAAAGAUUUAGGUGGCAAAGGUGGAAUUAUUGUAAAUAUAACAACAAUAUUUGGUCUUAAAACUAUUCCACAAUUACCAAUUUAUUCAUCUGCUAAGCAAGCAGUUUUAAGUUUUAGUCGUUCAUUUUCGCAACCAUAUCAUUAUAAUAAAACAGGAGUAAAAAUUGUUAUGUACUGCCCAGGAUUUUCUGAAGAACUUGAAAAAAACGUUGAAACUACGUUAGAGAAAUUAGAAAAUGAAUCAGUCAUUAUUUUGCCUCAAAAAGCGGAAACUGUUGCUCAUGGUUUAAUGUAUUUAAUAAGAUGUGCUCAAAACGGCAGCAUAUGGAUCAGUGAAAAUGGUCAACCAGUAUAUGAAAUACAACUUCCAGAUGUACUUCCGCAAAAACAAGAUGAAAGUGAACUUUUAAAUUUCGAAUGCAUUGAAUUUAUUGAAAUACAAAAUCGUAAAGGUCGACGAUCGUCUGCUGAAGAAAAAGCACGUGAACUUGCAAUAAUUAAAGGACUAGUUUGUGGUAAAAAUGUGAUAAUAACUGGUGGAGCUUCAGGUCUUGGAUACUCAUUUGUAAAUCAUUUUCUUCAACAUGGAGCUAAAAAAGUUGCAAUUAUAGACGUUGAUGAAGAAGCUGGAAAACAAGCUGUAAGUGCUGUAAGUAAAUCAUAUGGAGAAGAUAGAAUUAUUUUUAUUAAUGCAGAUACGUCAAAUUAUUCACAAAUUUUGGAUUCUUUUACACAAUUAUCAUCAUUAAUGGAUAGCAUUGAUAUAGUUAUUAAUAAUGCUGGAAUUUUGGAUGAACGACGAUGGGAAAAAGAAAUUUCUAUUAAUAUGAAUGGAAUGUUGUUAGUGGCAACUCUUGCAAUACGUUUUAUGGGGAAGGAUCACGAAGGAAAUGGUGGAAUUCUUGUAAAUGUUGCUCAAUAUUUUGAUUUUAAAUUAACAGCUCAACUUCCUAUUUAUACUGCUACCAAAUUUGCCAUCAUCGGUCUUUCACAAUCUCUUGGAGCACCUUAUCGUUAUAAUAAAACCGGAGUUCGAGUUAUAGCAAUUUGUCCUGGUUUAACUGAAACCGCACUUACAAUUAACAGCCCAAAUCGUUUACUUUCUCGAAUUAUGAAAGCAGAUUUUGUUAAAAAUUUGGAAAAUUUAUCAAUUCAAACACCUUAUGUAGUAGCUGAUGGAUUGAUGUCUAUUCUAAAAAGUGGUACAUCCGGGAGCAUUUGGGUGAUAGAAAAUGGUCGGUCACCGUUUGAAGUUUAUACACCGAAUUAUAAAACAUUAAGAAGGCAAUAUAAAAAUAAUUUUAUUCCUACAACUACUCUACACACGAUUAAAGGACGACCAACACAAAAUUCAAGAUUACAUGAUGAUAUGAGAACGAGACUUACAAGUUGUGCUUGAAAACACUUGAUUUUAAUAUUAUUAAUAUCAGUGUUAAAAUUUAAUCAGUACAUUAAAUUCAUAAAAUCAUUCAUGUAAUUCAAUUAUUUUGAUAACUUUUUUUUUUUAAUUUAGUCACACGA